CCGAGCGGCGCGGGCGGCGCGUCCCCAGCGCAGUGCCCAGCAGCCGGCGGCUCCGGAGCAGUGGCCGGGCCACACCGGUCCCCGCGCACAGGACCCCGCCGUCUCGCCCUCCCCGCGCUCGCCAUGUCCUACCCACAGUUUGGAUACCCCUACUCCUCGGCACCCCAGUUCCUGAUGGCCACCAACUCCCUCAGCACGUGCUGCGAGUCAGGGGGCCGCACGCUGGCGGACUCCGGGCCCGCCGCCUCGGCUCAGGCGCCGGUCUACUGCCCGGUCUACGAGAGCCGGCUGCUGGCCACGGCGCGCCACGAGCUCAACUCGGCCGCGGCGCUGAGCGUGUACGGGGGGCCCUACGGGGGCUCGCAGGGCUACGGCAACUACGUGACCUACGGCUCCGAGGCCUCCGCCUUCUACUCGCUGAACGGCUUCGACUCCAAGGACGCGCCGGGAUCCGCGCAUGCGGGCCUCGCGCCCGCCGCCGCCGCCGCCGCCGCCUAUUACCCCUACGAGCCCGCGCUGGGCCAGUACGCCUACGACAGGUACAGCACCAUGGACAGCGGCACGCGGCGCAAGAACGCCACGCGCGAGACCACGAGCACGCUCAAGGCCUGGCUGCAGGAGCACCGCAAGAACCCCUACCCCACCAAGGGCGAGAAGAUCAUGCUGGCCAUCAUCACCAAGAUGACCCUCACCCAGGUGUCCACCUGGUUCGCCAACGCGCGCCGGCGCCUCAAGAAGGAGAACAAGAUGACGUGGCCGCCCAGGAACAAGUGUGCGGAUGAGAAGCGGCCCUACGGGGAGGGCGAGGAGGACGACGGGGCCGAGGAGGACGCCCGGGACGAGCCGCUCAAGGGCGCCAAGAACGAAGAGUCGGUUGGCAAAGAGGAGAAGGAUCUAGAGCUCAGCGACUUGGAGGACUUCGACCCGCUGGAGGCCGAGCCCCCAGAGUGUGAGCUGAAGCCUCCCUUCCAGCCCCUGGACAGUGGUCUGGAGCACUCUACCGCGACGGACGGCCCCAGUGCCCCCGGAAAAGAGGCCUCGGGUGCCCUCCGGAUGCCCCUGGCCGGUGGUGGCGGGGCCGCCCUGGACCAGGACCUGGAGAGGGCCAGGAGCUGCCUCCGGAGCGUGGCAGCGGGGCCGGAGCAGCAGCCGGGUUCCGGAGGUGGCCCGCAGGCCUGCGAGGCCAAGCUGGGCUUUGCGCAGGCCGGGGCGACAGCGGGCCUCGAGGUCAAGCCGCGCAUCUGGUCCCUGGCGCACACGGCGACCGCAGCCGCUGUCACCAACCUGAGCCAGACUGAGUUUCCGUCGUGCAUGCUCAAGCGCCAAGGCUCCGUCGCCUCUGCGACCGUCUCAGCUGUCUCGUUGGCGCCCGCCUCGUCCUCGCCUGCGGCCCCGGCCUCCACCGGUGCCCUGGACAGGCACCAGGACUCCCCGGUAACCAGUCUCAGAAACUGGGUAGACGGAGUCUUCCAUGACCCCAUCCUCAGGCACAGCACUUUGAACCAGGCCUGGGCCACCGCCAAGGGUGCCCUCCUGGACCCGGGGCCGCUAGGACGCUCGCUGGGGGCGGGCACCAACGUGCUGACGUCGCCCCUGGCGCGCACUUUCCCGCCUGCCGCGCCCCAGGACGCCCCGGCAACUGGCGCUGCCAAGGAGCUGCUGGCGGUGCCCAAGGCCGGUGGGAAGCCCUUCUGCGUGUAACUCGGCGAGACCACUGGGCCCGGGACAGAGCCAGUGCUCAGGCUGCAGGCUGGCACGCUGAAGACUUUUUUUCUACCAAGUUUCCAAAGCUAGGCGAGAGCGCAGCAAAGCUCAGGCCACCCACCCACGUUGGAGGGAAGAUCUGAACUGGGUCUUCGGGGACCACGGGCGAGCCCUGGGAUCUGUCUCGUCAGGCCCACCGACCACCCUGGCCAUUUCCAAA